UUUCUGCUCUCACACAGCCUGCCUGCCUGAGCGUGUCAUUUCUGACACCGGCCAGAGGGGGCGAACAUUACAAGUGCAAUCGCACAUGUCUGCAGAAGACCUCGAUUUGUCCCGGAGAUAGAUAACACCGAAAUGCACCCGUGAAACACUCCAUCGUGAUUCUCGGUGCCUAAUUCGACGGCUGCAGCAUCCCCGUAGCUAUCAACUCAUCCAGCAUCAUGGCAACCUCAUCUCCGCGUUUUACGUGGUGCGCCUGUCGCAAGCACAAGAUCCCCAUCAAGGACACCCACGAGAUGUGCAUGCACUGCCUUGGCAUCCAGCACGCCAAAGAGGCCGUUCUGGAGUACGGCAAGUGUCCCCACUGCGCCAAGAUGGACUGGAGCUCGUGCAUCAACCGGCUCACCAAAGUGCAGGAGGUGAUGCACCGCGAGAGUCAGCAGCGGAAAAGUGAAGCCGCCGCGCAGUCGGAGUCGGGAGGAGCGCAGCCGAAGCCAGAGACCACCUGCGCACCGGUCACCGACACCCAACCACCGGUCCAGGAGGCCGUGGACAGUAGUUCCCAGCCUGCACCUGCUCCUGCACCGGCACCUGCUCCUGUACCGGUGCCUGUGGCCGUCACCCCUGUCCCCACUUCCUCAACCAUGCCCGUGAUGUUCACUAUUCUGUCUCCUCCUCCCGUGGCAACGGAUCCCAGCGCUGGGCUGGUGAGGGGGCCGUUCUUGCCGCACCACCUCGCCAUCCAGCAGUCCUCAGCAGACACCACGCCUGUUCUGGCUUUCCCCAGCAUGCACCCACACACGCAUCCACACACACUCCCGCACACACACCCACACCCACAUCCACACCCACACCCUCACCCACUGUCCACCGGCCCUCACAAGAGGAAGCGGCUGUCCAAGUGCCACUCCUCCCGCUGCCCCAAGCAUGCCACCAGGAGCCACCAUGGGCACCAGCACCACCACCAUCACCACCACCACCGGCGGCAGCAGCAGCAGCAGUGUGCCUCCUCCACCUCCUCCUCCUCUCCCUUCUGGAGCUCCUCCGAGUCCUCAUGCGCCUCCGCUUCCGUCCGGCGCGAGAAGAAGAGGCGGCGGGAGGUGAGAAGGGAGGCGCUGCGACGCAGCCAGAGGAUGCCCAAGGAGGUGCAUGAGCGCCUCCUAGAGGUUGUGGAGCAGAAGUUGGAGGCUCAGCAGCAGGCCAUGCAGAUCCAGUGGGCCAUGAUGGAGAGGCGGCUGGAGGCUCUGGAGAGGAAAGAUGCAGAGGCCACCACUGCAGGCCUGGCUCCAGGCUCGUCGUCCUCGUCUGCUGCCAUGGCAACGGGAGGGAGCAGUAGUGUGGCCAACGCCCCCCAGCCCUCCACCUCCACCUCCACCACCACCACCUCACUGGGGCGGGAGCAGGAGCAGGAGCAGGAGCAGGGGCACAGGGACUGGUCGGGAUCUACUGGGGACGCUGUGGUGACAGGCUCUGAGCCUCUGAACAUGGUCAAACAGGAGGAGGAGGCUAGCUCAGCGUUGCUGGCCUCCAGACUAAACGCCGUCAUGUCCGCUGCUGCCGCCGCCGCCACAGACGUGCAGAGGCCAGGCCAGGAGUCUUCACCGCGGCGCGAGGCCCAGGCCAGGCUGUCCAGUGAGGAUCUCCUGAGCGCCGCAGACCUGCAGAGUCUCCUCGCCCGUGCUGCCAAACACAUGGGCGUCACCUUCCCCAAACCCUCCUCGUCUGACAACAGCCGCCCGCCCGACCCCACCAUGCCACCCGAGUUUGAGGAGCUGGUGCAGAGCACAUGGGCAAACCCAGCCAGCUCCAAGCCAUACAGGGAGGUGAUCUCGGAGAUGUACCGGCUGAGUGAGAGCCAGGCCCCAGCCUAUGACCGCAUGCCCCAGAUCAACACCUUCAUGUCGGCCAUCCUGCAGGCCGUCAAGCCCUCUGCAAACACCCACGCCCACACCCAUGCUAACGCACACGCUAACACACACGCCCACGCGGAGCGCCACAGCAAGGACGCCUCGGACACCUCGUCUCCACCCGCCGCCGACCGCUGGCAGCUGGCGGAGACGCUAACUGAGGGGGCGUACCAGACAGGGGGCAUGCUGGCCAGGAGCGCCAACUACCUGAAUUACCUGUCUGACUACCAGACGCGCCUGCUAGCCGACCUCGACUCCGACGCCUCCGACGACCAGCGGCUGCCUAGCGCGCUCGAAGAGUUGCGUCUGAUUGGGCGUUUCUGCCAGCAGCUGUCGCAUCACCAGGCGGAGAUGGCGGGUCGGGCGAUGGCGGCGGCGGUGGCCGUGCGGAGGCAGGUGUGGAUGGCCAAGACGAGCUACAGUGACACGCUCAAGGCCACCGUGGCUGACCUGCCCUUCGUGGUGACGCAGAGCCAGGGGUCAGGGGUCACGGCAGGGGGUAUGACCUCUGCAACUACUGACGCCCUUUACAAGCAGGAGCAGUGAGGUGUGUGUGUGUGUGUGUGUCGGAGACAAACCGUGAGCUCACUUGUGCCAAUUCUGAAAUGCUCACUCGUUCACAUAUACACGAAUGCUACCAUGUCACUUACAACCUAUGUAGGACACGACGAAGUGAACGAGUGAACGCUUUGGACAGUGCCCAUCUUUAAAAAAAAGACUACAAAUACAAAUACUAUAAAGACGUCAAGGUUUUGUACAGGUACAGACAAGUCUGUGGUAUUACUGCUGUAUUUUGUAUUAUACCGAAGCUAUAUUCACUGCCCUGAAUUGUAAAGGCUACGGCAACGUUAUCCUAUAAGAUGGAAGCAUAUUUACUCAGUAGUUGCGUUUGUUUUUUAAAUACAUUGUUGUCCACAUUAAGUAUAACUGAGUAAGAAUUCAUCAGAUAGAAGGACUGCUCGCUCUCUCUCUCUCUCUCUCUCUCUCUCUCUCUCUCUCUCUCUCUCUCUCUCUCUCUCUCUCUCUCUCUCUCUCUCUCUCUCUCUCUCUCUCUCUCUCUCUCUUUGAGUUGUCAACGUGUUGAGAAUUACAUUAAACGAGAACAUGAUUAGUGAUCCUUUAUGUCUUCCCAAAUGUGAACCAUUCUAGAUCAAUUUGAGUGGUCUAUGAAAGGCCCAUAGUAUAGGCUAAAUUUAGAUUGAUUUCUCCAUAACAAUUUCAUAUAGAGCAUUCUCGUUUAUUUCAUAUUCUACCUCUGUUCCCCAGUUCUUAAAGCCUGAACUGUGAGUAUCUCAUUACUAUUAAAAUGAAGGAGAAUAUUAUAUAAAAAUAUU